AGUUCGGAUAUUAUAGUGAAUUGAAGAUUUUUUUAAGACUUGUUUAUGAACUGUUUUGUGCACAGUGUUCAAGUGUAAAAGUAUGAUUAAAUUUGUUUGUUGAUUCACCGAGACAAAUUCUUAGUGUGAUCAUGAAACGAAAAGUAUUUUACACCCUUACCUGCUAGCCUUCAAUUGUGACGCAUGACUGCUAAAAAUCCAACUAUAGCUGGCCCGAUUGGCGGCGGCAUAAAAACCUCAACAACCCCAAAUUGUACCCCCCAAAUCACGGUCCGAGGUGAUCUGAUUCUUAGCAGCAACAAUAACGCUCAACUCCUUGAGUCGAAUAUUUCGAAAAGUGGUGAAGAAUUAAGACUUAUGCAGCCAACAGUGGCGGGAUUGCUGCCGGCGCAGGCAAGCAACGAUUUUGCGCAUCAUCUAAUGCAGAAUAAUCAUUUGACUCAUAAUAUUAAUAAUAAUAAUAACAACAAUUCGACUUUGGGAGCGAACACGAGCCAAUUGGCAGGUGUCGGCAUGGAGGCGAUGCAAUCGAUGGAUUGGCUUUUCAAAAAGGAGAGGAUUUAUCUCUUGGCGCAGUUUUGGCAACAGAGAGCGACACUAGCCGAAAAGGAAGUGACCACGCUGAAGGAGCGGAUGUCCGGCAACAGGACUCCGGAAACGGGAAGCGCGGGCGUAGCCGCGGCUGCGAACAAAGACACCGCAUCGACGGGUGACUCAUUGGCAUCAGAAUCCACCCCUGGACAAAACAGAUCAUCAGUCGAGGCCGAACUGAUUAACAAGGAAAAAGAGAUAUCUCAAUUGGCAGAAAACGUAAGACGUCUUCAAGCUUCCUUAGGAGCUUUACAAGAAGCACAUUCAGCUGAAGUUCGAGGAUUAGAAGAAAGAUUAGAUGCUAAAAGGCAACAUAUAGCUAGAUUAGAAGCUAAAUUGGACAGGAGAAGAGAAUACGAAGAAUCUAAACGAGACGGAAGUGUUUUGAGAUCACCGUCCGUAGAACCUGGUUCAGGAGAAGAAAUUAAACCAUUCGACCAACUCGUUCUUGAAAGAACUAAAGCUCUUGCCCAAUCCGAAUCUAUUAAAGCCACAGCAAUCGAAGGUUCAAAUCUAGAUGCCAGCACUGCUAUCGCCGCCGUUCGAGAAUCUUCAAGAUCACCACAGACCGUUACCGAAGAAGAAAAGGGCAAUUCACAAUUUCCAGGACUACAAAAUGUUGAACAAUUCGGGCCAAUUUUAGGAGAAGAAAUCGUUAGUAGUUGGAGACGUCAACAUGCACCUUCAUCGGCGGCAAGUGUCUUAGCCUCACCGAGUGAACGAGGUGGAUCUGAUAAAUCUCCAAGUGCUGCUUCAACCCCUGCUCCACCAGAACAAACGACUCCUACCCACAAUGGUCGUUCGACAAAAUCUCCAGAACACAACAAUAAUUCUUUGCGUCUGGACGGAGAUGUAGGACUGAUGAAUAAUUCCCUGAUCGGUGGUGGAUAUUACGGACGCACGGAGCCUUUCACCGGUUCAUACCGAUUUGCUGAGGAUCCAGGAAAUUUACCACCAGGUGCUAUGGUCGGUCGCUUGGGAGAUAGCUUGAUACCCAAAGGAGAUCCUAUGGAAGCGCGAUUGCAAGAGAUGUUGAGGUACAACAUGGAUAAAUACGCAAACCAAAAUUUGGAUACCUUACACAUAUCGCGAAGAGUACGAGAGCUUCUAUCAGUGCACAACAUUGGUCAACGUUUAUUCGCCAAAUACGUACUUGGGUUAUCCCAAGGCACCGUGUCUGAACUUCUAUCCAAACCGAAACCUUGGGACAAGUUGACUGAGAAAGGCAGAGAUUCUUACAGGAAGAUGCAUGCAUGGGCUUGCGAUGAUAAUGCUGUGCUGUUGCUGAAAAGCCUAAUUCCGAAAAAAGGUAAAGAACCAGGCAUGGCCCCGUUCGGCCGUCACGAUUCCUCCGACAUGACAGAAGAACGCAUUGCUCACAUUCUGUCUGAAGCAAGUCAUUUAAUGAAAGGUGGUCCAGGAUUACCCCAGCCCGGAGGCGCUUCUCCACAAGAUGAUGAAGAUAGAGCUAGUGCUGAAGAUGCACCACCAUCACCUUACGGAUCCAGAGAUUCUGGAUCCCAGCAUGGUCGUAGAAUGAGAAAAUACGAAAAUGAUGAUAUCUCUCAAGACAAAGUUGCCCGAAUUUACCAAGAAGAAUUGGCUAAAUUAAUGGGUAGAAGAGUAGAUGUCGCAAGGGACGCCGGAGCUGCUGGUUUCCCAGGUUUGUUUCCCAACUUUUUCAGUGGAUCAAACCCAAGUGAACAACGAAUGCCUGAUGAAAACGUGCGUCUUGCCAUUGAAGCUUACCACCGUGAACUGUUGAAGAUGCAACAGCAACAACAAAGCGGAGCUGCUGGUCAACUUGCCGGACUUUCCGGUAUUCCCGGAUUACCAGGCUUGCCGGGACUACCUGGAUUGCCGAACUUACUUGCCUUGCAACACAUGCAACAACUAAAUGGAGCUUCUGCACAAGACUUGUCCUUACCUAAAGAAGCUAUGAUGUCAGCAAAGAUGAUGAAUGGCGAUCCCGAAGGUAAAGAUGAAAACGAACAAGCCAGACAUUGUGGAAGUGCAUUUAGCCUUGUGAGACCAAAACAAGAAUCUAAUACCACUACUACCAAUUCGUCAGCGUCUAGCCCAUUAGGAAAUGCUAUCUUGCCACCAGCCAUGACUCCUACCGAAGAAUACAGCACUGGUGCUGUGGCAAGUCCUUUGCAGCGGAUGGCCUCUAUCACGAACUCUUUGAUCUCGCAACCGCCUAACCCAACACAUCACAGUCCAUCUCAAAGACCACUUAAGGCAGUUUUGCCACCAAUAACUCAACAACAAUUCGAUUUAUUCAAUAAUCUAAAUACCGAAGAAAUUGUUCGGAGAGUCAAGGAAUCCCUGAGCCAAUAUUCGAUUUCUCAACGUCUUUUUGGAGAAUCUGUAUUAGGUCUCUCCCAAGGAUCUGUUAGCGAUUUAUUAGCCAGACCCAAACCGUGGCAUAUGUUGACACAAAAAGGUCGGGAACCGUUCAUUAGAAUGAAGAUGUUUUUGGAAGACGAGAAUGCCGUGCAUAAACUGGUGGCCAGUCAAUACAAGAUUGCUCCUGAAAAAUUAAUGAGAACUGGAAGCUACAGCGGUAGUCCACCAAAUUUAAGCAAACAAAUGACCAAUGCUCCUAAAAUGAUGACUGAUGCCUCAAGCAUUUUAUCAAAACUCAAACAAGAGCACAACAGUCUCUUGCCCGCUUCCCUUCAAUUAGGCGCUAUGAAUCCACAUGGCGCUCUUCCUCCUGGUAUGACCGCUCAACAGCAACAACAGCCCAUGUUGUUAACACCACCAGGAAUGCCUCCACACCACGCUAUUACUUUACACAACCAAAGAGAUCAAAUCAAACAAGAAAUGGCUAUGGGUAAACCGAGCAUGGGAGUACAUCAUUCACCAAUGCAACAUUCGCCAAUGUCACAGCAGGCACAACAGCAACAAGGUGGUGUUAUGAGAAGUUUGCAUCAGCACAUAUCACCAAGUGUUUAUGAAAUGGCGGCUUUGACUCAGGAUUUAGAUACACAAACCAUUACUACUAAAAUCAAAGAAGCUUUAUUGGCAAACAACAUUGGACAAAAGAUAUUUGGUGAAGCUGUACUUGGCUUAUCUCAGGGUUCAGUAAGUGAACUUUUAUCCAAGCCUAAACCAUGGCACAUGCUGAGCAUCAAAGGACGUGAACCAUUCAUUCGUAUGCAGUUAUGGCUAAGUGAUGCCCAUAAUGUUGAUCGUUUGCAAGCACUCAAAAACGAACGCCGGGAAGCUAAUAAACGCCGCCGAUCAACUGGGCCUGGUGGUGCACAAGACAACAGCUCAGAUACCUCAUCCAAUGACACUUCCGAGUUCUACCACUCACAUUCACCUGGUCCACAGAAUGGUCCUCCAAGCACUAAGAAACAGAGAGUGCUGUUUUCCGAAGAGCAGAAAGAAGCACUGCGUUUAGCAUUUGCUCUAGAUGCUUAUCCUAAUGUUGCCACUAUUGAAUUCUUAGCAGUCGAAUUGAAUCUGUCUACCCGUACUAUAACUAAUUGGUUCCACAAUCAUCGUAUGCGUUUGAAGCAACAGGUUCCUCAUGGGCAGCCUAAUGAUGCACCUUCUAGAGAACCUGGCAGUCAGCAGGUACCUUUUGACCCAGUUCAAUUUAAGUUGCUUCUGAACCAAAGACUGUUAACGUUACAAAAAGAGCGUAUCGGUAUGGGCGCAGUACCCAUACCAUACCCUCCUUAUUUUGCAACUGGUAAUUUAGCUGCUUUGAUCGGACGUGGUUUUGAUCACUUAGACCAAUUAGGAGCUUUAAGUACGGCCGUUAAGGAGCAAAUGAGUGGUUUAGAUUUAAGCAUGGGGUCUUCCAUGAAACAUAGGGAUGAAUUUGAUUCUGAUUGUGCUAGUGAGGAUGAAUCUGAGGAUGGAGCGAGAAGUAACAGAUGUGAGGAAGAGAAAGAAGACAGAACGGGAGUGGAUAGUGAGCCUAGGAACAGCAGUGCUGCGCGUAGUAACAGGCGCAAACCUGCAGCUCCUCAAUGGGUUAAUCCCGAUUGGCAAGACAAAUCCGCAAAACCCACCUCAGCACAAGAAGAGGUCAUUAUAAAUGGAGUGUGCGUAAUGAAAACUGAAGACUAUAGGGUCGAUUGUUCAGAAACUGUAAGAGUUGACCCAACCCCGGUUCCAGAAGAUGAUGUAUCUGAAGCAGAAAGGCCAGAGACUGAUGAGGUGGCUGAAAUUCCCACUGAUACCGAAGAACCGGUACAUGAGGAAGAUGAGCCCAUGCCAGAUGCACAGACUGAAACCGAAACUGCAACUGUGGAUGAAGACACAGAUGUAAAACACAACGCCGAAGAAGAAAGAUGGGAUUAUUAAUUUAAAUAUUUCUAAGUGACCAUGUUUAUUAUUUGCUUGCGAACAAUUAGAGUGGUUUGGACAUUUU